GAUUUAUUUUGCACAUUCCAAGUGAGGAGAGAGACAAUGCAAUUAGAGUGUGUUUUCAGAUUGAACUUGCCCAUUGGUUUUACUUGGAUUUCUACAUGCAAAACACACCAGGAUUACCUCAGUGUGGGAUAAGAGACUUUGCUAAAGCUGUCUUCAAUCACUGCCCUUUUUUACUGCCUCAAGGUGAAGAUGUACAAAAGGUUUUAGAUGAGUGGAAAGAAUACAAAAUGGGAGUGCCAACCUAUGGUGCAAUUAUUCUUGAUGAGACACUUGAAAAUGUUCUUUUGGUUCAAGGCUAUUUAGCAAAGUCUGGUUGGGGAUUUCCAAAAGGGAAAGUGAAUAAAGAAGAGGCUCCUUAUGACUGUGCUGCUAGAGAGGUGUUUGAAGAAACUGGCUUUGACAUAAAAGAUUAUAUCUGCAAAGAAGAAUACAUUGAACUGCGAAUUAAUGAUCAGUUAGCACGGCUGUACAUCAUUCCAGGAGUUCCCAAGAACACAAAAUUCAACCCCAAAACUAGGAGGGAAAUUCGGAAUAUUGAUUGGUUUUCCAUUGACAAAUUACCAUGCCACAGAAAUGAUAUGACUCCGAAGUCCAAGCUGGGUUUGGCACCUAACAAAUUUUUUAUGGCAAUUCCCUUCAUCAGGCCAUUGAGGGAAUGGAUUUCCCGGAGGAAUGGAGAUUCCACAGAUAGUGACAAUGGAUGCUCAUCUACAGGGAGCACAUCCUCUAAGCCCAACUUGGAAAAAGCUAGAUCCAAACUUCGCUGUAGUCAGCAGCUGUUUACAGAUGGCUCUUCAGGAGAGCAGUGCGUGAAGCCAAAACAGCCACAGAAGCCAUAUAAUCAUCCUGAGAUGUCUGAAGUUCUGAAAAUAAAGACUCAGAGCUUGAGGAGCAAUGGCAGAAAGCAGCAUCAAGACACUUCCACCCAAAAGAAGAGAACAAAUGGAGUCCACAGUCAACCAGUUAAGCAAAACAAUACCUUGAAAUGUGAAAAAAAGCUUAAUACAAGAAGACUUCAAGAUAACUUUGAAACAGAUGCAGCAUAUGAGAUGUGUUGCUCCAGUGAAGACCCACUGUCAGAAAAUGUCGAGGGACGUUCUGUGGCAUGCAAUGGCCAUUACAAAUUUGCUUUCUCAUCAAGAGCUUUCUUGAGUUUCAAGUUUGACCAUGAUGCCAUAAUGAAAAGUUUUGACCUCUGA